CAGCGCUUGGUGGGUUCACGCCGGGCGCCAGUCCCCCUCGCGGAGGGUGACGGGAAAUGAGGUCCCCCCUCCCCAGCUCCCCCCGCCUUAAGAACAACCCGGAGGCUUAGGCCCCGCCCCUCGGGCCGCGGGUGGCAGAAGGCGGCUCCUCCCGCCGUCCAGAGGUGCCCGGAAGUGGUUCCGGGUCGCCUCCGGGACCAGGCCGCGCGCGCCACCGCUCUCCGCUCGGGACCGCGUGCCAGACAGUUGCAGCAGACACCUCCAGCCUGGGCUGACUGAUUAAACAGCAGGAAGCAGAAUGUCUGCGGUGGGUCCUGCGGCUCCAUACCCGCAUCACCCUGGUGACAGUCACAGUGGCCGGGUGAAUUUCCUGGGGGCUCAGCUGCCCCCAGAGGUGGCAGCAAUGCCCCGACUCCUGGGGGACCUGGACAGGGGCACAUUCAGAAAGUUGCUGAAGCUGGUGGUUAGCAGCCUGCAGGGAGAAGACUGCCGCGAGGCUAUGUGGCGCCUGGGGGCUGGUGCAGAACUAUCCGAGGAGCUGCUGGGAGCGCUGAUCGCUGGCACACACACUCUGGUCCAGCAGGCCCUCCGGCUGCCCCCAGCCAGCCUGAAGCCCGAAGCCUUCAAGAAGCAGCUCCAGGAGCUCUGCAUCCCGCAAGACCUGGCUGUGGACUUGGCCAGUGUGGUGUUUGGGAGCCAACGGCCUCUCCUUGACUCUGUGGCCAGGAGGCAGGGGGCCUGGUUGCCCCACGUUGCUGACUUCCGGUGGAGGGUGGACGUGGCGAUCUCCACCAGCGCCCUGGCCCGCUCCCUGCAGCCCAGCGUCCUGAUGCAGCUAGAGCUCUCGGAUGGGUCGGCGCACCGCUUCGAGGUCCCCACAGCCAAGUUCCAGGAGUUGCGGUUUGGCGUUGCCCUUGUCCUGAAGGAGAUGGCCGACCUAGAGAAGAGGUGCGAGCGCAGACUGCAGGACUGACUGCUGGCCAGCCCCUUUCCAGCCACCCCGGGACAGCUGGCUGACAGGUGUCUCCGGAGCAAAGCCCACCCUUCCUAGGAGACACUCCAGGGAGAGUGUUUGAGUGGCAUUCUCUAAGUGAAGGCAGCUAUGUCUCUCCGCCUUUUUUGGAAGUAAAGUAACUAUAAAAAAAACAUGUCUUACUGGUUAGGUGUUGAACUGCAGGCACCCUCUCCUGCUGUCAGUUGGUCCUCUUGCUGGGUAAGGGCACCCACUACUCCAAUGUGGCCGGGUCUUGUGCUCUGGCCUCAGUCUGGGGUCCAAGCCAAAGCCUUUGUAAGGACACAGAGGUUGCCUGGCCCCAUGUAGCAUCUUAGCUCUUGCUCAUUUGCUUUUGUGAACUGUGUGUUUCAGUGGACAUUUCACCCUCUGUCUGAAAUCCCUGUCUGAAACCCUCCUCCUUAAGAAGCCAACAUUCUAGUGGGGAGGGGGAACAUUAUAAUAAUGCAUAAUAAAAAACAGCUGGCAUGCUUGUUA